AUGUUAAACUCAUCCUUUUCAGCUCUCUCACCAAAACCUACUUCCCCCUCCAAGCGGAAAGCCACAACUUACGAAUCUGAUGAUGAUUCCGAAAAUGUUGAUCCUCUUACUUUCGGAUCUCCCAAACGAUCCAAAGCUGUUGAUGCAACUAAAGAUAGCUUAUCAAAACCUACAAACUUCUGCCUAAUCAAUGCACCACCGUCUCCCACUGACGCCGCGCUUUCCUCUCCUCUGAAACCUACCAAGUCCAUCAAGCAGCGAAAUAUCCUCCAGCCUCGUUCUCAAACACCCAAAGUUACCUCGGUACCAAAAUCUACACCUCUUACGGCUCCCGCAGGUCGUUCCCCAACUAGAAAACGCGUCGGGAUCCUCAAUAAUCGUCGUCGUACUUCCACCCCAAUAACUCGCGUUGAUCCACCAAAAUUCUCUACUCCCAAACCAAGCGGUCUUAGCUUCUCAAUCGAUGCUGCUCUCUCUGGAACUAUUCCUUCAUAUGGUGCACGUCAACUUCAACGUCAAGCCCUCUCCUCUAAAUCUGCUUCUACCUCGUCAUCGAAAUCUUAUGCCUCUCAUAGGGAAAUUCCCGCCUCUCUUCAUGCACCCGAAAGUAAAUCAUCCUGGUUCUUUCAAAUCCAUGAAGAUACCGAAGAAGAACUGGCAACCAAUCUUAUGGAACACAGUACAUGCACUCUCGACAUAUCAUCAGAUGAAGAAUCUCUUACUAGAAUGAGAGAUGAAAGAGGCAAGGAAAACGUUCCACCUCUAGAUGAUAUUUCUCAAACUCGUACUUCGAUGAAUACUUUCGCUUCAAGUUCUUCCACUUCGUCGUCUAUGUCUCGUAGAGAUGAAAUGGAGAUUAGGGAGAUGAAAUUGAAAGUUAAGAUGCAACGGAAACGAAGGGAAGUGGCAGAAGGUGUUAUCGAUGUUGAUAGAUCUCCGUUGGGAGAGAUGAGGAAAGAGGAUUUCUAUGGUGAAGGUUGUGAUGAGAAGAGUGUUUUCGUUAUUCUUCCAGAUCCUGAACCACAGGUGUUGGUCGAGGGCGAAGCUGAGGAGGUGAUCGAGAGUCCUUCGGAACAGGAAGAACAAAUCUCUGAACCUAUUACAAUCACGUCUAGCAAAGGAAAGGGUAAGGAAAUUGAUAUUGAUUUCCUUAUGCAAAAGAAAAUAGCUGAACCGAUUGAAAAACCCGAAGCAGAUUUUGUCGUUUGGGAAAGCGGAAGUGCAAAGGAUGAAAAUGAGUAA